AUGACCACGAGAAGGGCUGCGUCGAAUGCCACCAACUCCCGGGCGGGAUCCGUUGCGAGCGCAAACAGCCCGGUCCAGCAGCCAGACGCUCCCGUCGACGACGAGACUGAGCGUGUCGCCAAGCGCGCCCGUCUGUCAACAGAGCCCAUUUCGCCCCCGAAUCAGAUUCCGUCGCCCGCCAGCUCAGGGCAACAGGAUGCUGUCGCAUCGAAACCAGCGUCGCGCGCCAGCUCGCAGGCUUCCAAGACGUCGCGCAAACGCGCGCGAAACUCGGAAGCCUCCGACGCCAAUGGUGAGACGAACGGCAUCAAUCUAGAGAAAAACGACAGCGACCAGUCUGAGAAGCGCCCGGCCUUCGCCCGUCGCCAGAAGCGAGCGAAAGUCGCAUCAAAAGAAACGCCUGUUGAGUCGACCGAAAAUGCGCCCGUGAUCACGGACGAAGCCUCGACAGCAUCGCGGUCACCCGAGCCGAGUCUGGAGAACGCCAUCACCCAACCACUCAAGAACGAAAUUCCAUCAGCGAGCCAAGAGCCGGUCAAGGUGCCCAAACGGCUUCCUGGACGCCGACGGCAGCCUCACGCUGAUGUCAGUAUUGAAGCAGAUCUUCGCCGCCAGCUUCAGCUCAAAACAGCCUAUCGCGCGAUCGUCAAAGCGCUAAAACCUGUGCUUGGCGAAUUAGCUCAAAGAACCCUGACUGGCUUAGAAGACGACCCCGAGUACCACAAACAAAGCGACGACUACCACCUUGUCGCCCAGGAGCUGCUACGGUACAAGAAACAAAGAAUAGCUGUCGUCGACAACAAGAAAAGACUAGCAGCCGAAGAAUUAGAGCGCAGGAAGACCGCCGAGGAGCAUAUCCAGAGAGAGCAAUUUGCAAUUCGAUUCCGUAUUCUCCAAGAGGACCUAUUGCUCCAGUGCCAGCAUCGCUUGCUGCAACUGGAACGCGAGCAUAAGGGCUUAGAUGGCACUGGGACUGACGAUGAAGAUGCCGUUGUGGUUCCGAGGCAUGGGGCCCAGUACCCCCAUAAGUUGACGGGCCUGCUGCCCGCAAAAUCCGAAUCUCGCAGCAGAGUGUACAUCGAGACUGAAGAGAUGUGGAAGCAAGCCGAGGUUCGAUUUAAUCUUGACAAGGCCCGCAAAGCCUUCGUAAGUCAGAAUGAAGAUGCUGAUGAUGCAAUCGAAAAUCUUCCCGGAGGAUUCGCGGCUUACGCUGGCUUGUCUGGCAAUGAUCGAGAGCUUGCUACAGCGAGCUACAAUGUCGAUACGCUUGCCGAUGCUGCGAUGCAAUUGGAGCAAACUGCAGCGGACCAAGCGGAGGCCGAGGUCAACCCCAUCGAGGAGGCAACCGCAUUACUCUUGCUUGCAGACCUCUCUGCACAGCUACCUCCUGCUCCUGGAACUCCUCCCAAUCGAAACGAGCCGCUCAAACCAGCUGCUGCCGCACCAAUGACAACGCCGGCUAGGAAGAUAAUCAUUCCUCCUGCAUCACCCUUUGGACCUCCCUCGGCUACGUCUACUGCCAUGUCACUAGAGACUGCAGAAAGCAGCCCAGUUAUGCAGCCAGAACAGUUACCGAGCUCGUCACGCCCUACUCUAUUUGCGGAUGUUAACGGUACUCCAAUCCCGACUGUAUCCCAAGAAGCGGCAAGGGAUGAUGCGCCUGCAAAGUCUUCGAACAAGAUAACCGACCUCCUUAAUGACGAUGCCGAGGUUUCUAGAAGCGGGUUGAGAGGGCGUAUGAAGCCCGCAGCAUGGACAUAUGUUGGUGUACCAACAUCAAACCUAGUCAUCAACGGCACCUACCAAGUUCCCACUCAAACUCAAGCGAUUGAUUCUCACCCUGCUCAGUUGAACGGAAGCUUGAGGGGUGGAGACGAUCGAAAUGUCGAACCGAUUCCUGAACAGCGAUAUCCCCAGAAUCCAGAGCGCAAGCCGGCUCCAUAUGAACCCAUUCGCCCACGGGAGAAGUCGCCACCUCAUGGGUUCUGGUCGAAUGACACUAUGAGCAGGCGUAGAAACUCGAGACAUCUUUCACCGGAUAGAACACCAUUGACCCGCAUCAGACAGAUGCUAGAUUCGUCUCGACAGCAAGCUCCGGACAGGAGAGCCGAGAGGGGCGAUAACGAGAGCACGAGUCAACGACCACUAUCAAGCUCUAACACAGCACGCCCCAGAGACGACUUUUGGUCUAAUUUCCCUCGUGCGGAGUCGGAACUAAGAGUCAAGCGGUCUGACAGCGAGACUGCGUCCGAAAACUCAAACUCCCGUCGAGGCAGCUCGGACAGGACUCACAUGAGGCCUCCACCUACUCGUAGCGAGAGUAUGACCCAACCCGCUGCAACCCAGCCAUCCAAUGUGGACAACGGCUCUGCAAAACCGCCCAUCCACUGGAGAUUCGCGCACUACAAUUCGCCGGAGCCAGAUAAGAAGGCCGAGCGGGCUGGUAGCGACAGCGCCUCUCAAACUGUCCGCAGAGGCAGUUUGGACAAAACUCACAUGGGACCUCCGCCUUCUCGCCUCAGCAUCCCUCACGAGCGGACCGCAAGUGGAUCCCGCCUUCCAUCCUCCGGCCACAACAGCGCGCCAUCUCCUUCAACUGGGCAGUUCUCGUUCUCGCAAUCUCCAGUUGACCAACAAGGACAUCCUGGACCGCACACUCGACCAAACUCUACAGAGCAGCAUGGAUAUCGGCCGCCAUGGGAGGAUGGUCGCCGAGCCAGUGCUCCACAACAACACCCACCACCUAUUUCUCCAUAUGGCCCACCGCCUCAAGGAUAUCCUCCUGAUUACAAUGGUCAGGCCAGAGCACCUCCACAGAGUGGUCCACCGCUUCCUCCCUUCGUUCAGACCGCGCAGGCGCCACCGCCUUACAACUACAGAUUUGCGCAUUACGAUUCGCAAGGUCCGCCACAGAACCAGUAUCCCACACCAGUCAGUGGCAGCUAUGGUCCUCCACCUCCCCAGCCUCCUACACAUCAGAGCCCCUACCCCCCUCAACAGCCUCCACAGCACAACCCUGCGUACAGCGGUCCACCGUCGUUCAGCAUGUACCAACCUCACCAGCCGCCCCAGCCCUAUCAAUCUCAACCACCGCCACACCACCAACAGGCGCCACCACCUCAUCAGUCACCGUACCCUCCACUCAAAUAUGCUGGCUCUCAGUACGGUGGCCAGCCCAUUCUUCCCGCAAACAUGGACCCCCGCAAUUCGCAGUCUACGCCUCCUCAGCCGUAUGGCCAACCACCACACCUACCAGCAUUUUCUCAACAACCGCCGCACAAGCCGCAGUUUGAGCACACUACUGGGCCGGGUCCGCAGCACGGCCAACCGCAAGAGUACCAGCCGAAACGCAGGCCGCGAAAUUACGUUGGUAUUGCUGGAUCCGAGUUCAGGACGUAUACCGGCCCAAACCAGAAGCGGAGGCCGUAA